AUCGAAUAUGAAGAAUUGACACGAAAGUGUCAAGAGUUUGCCACGGAUCUACUCGCGCAGACACGUAGCUCUGUCGAAUUGUCUGUGGUGCUCAAUCACGACAGUGGCAGUUCGGGAAUGGGUGGUCACGUGGCCGGACUGACCAGAACCAUGACCAAUGAGAACGGGGCUGGCGAGCAACAUUUGUCCCGAUUGAAAUUGGCCAUUCGCUACGAGCAGAAGAAUUUCGUUGCACAUCCGCACUGUCAACAACUACUCGCCUCAAUGUGGUACGAAGGCUUGCCGGGGUUCCGGCAGAAACCAAUGGUUGCCCAAAUGAUGACAAUUGGCACACUGUGUGCCAUGUUCCCGCUGUUGGCCACUUGUUAUAUGCUGGCGCCCCAGUCCAAGCUGGGCAGUAUGAUGAAGAAACCGUUUAUCAAGUUCCUCUGUCACAGCAGCUCGUAUUUGUCGUUUUUAGAUUGUGAAAAGUUCAGUAGCCUCAGUGGGAUUCGAACCCACGCAUGGACGCCACCUACGCGUGGUAUCGUUGUGGUUUCGUAG